AUGUCAAAAGCAGAGUCUUCAUCGGCAACAGCUCGCACUCGCUUGGCGGUGCUCACAGCACAUUUAGCUGGAGCACCCACGCUCGAAUCAUCACCCGCGAUCGAGCGGUGGUGCGUGUCUGCUCAGGUCUCUCCUCCUGGAAACCUCCAGGGUGCUUUGACUGUCAUCGAUGAGAGGACUGGUAAGAAAUACCAAAUUCCGGUCUCUCAAGAAGGCACCGUCAAAGCCUCUGAUUUCAAGAAGAUCUCGACAGGAAAGAAUGAUAAGGGGCUAAAGCUGUACGAUCCAGGAUAUCUAAAUACUGCACCUGUUCGGUCAUCGAUUUCGUAUAUUGAUGGCGAUGAGGGUAUCCUCAGAUACAGAGGGUAUCCUAUUGAGGAAUUGGCUGAGAGCAGCACCUUUGUGGAAGUGGCCUACCUCGUUAUGUAUGGGAGUUUGCCGUCUCAAAGUCAGUUAGCAGACUGGGAAUUUGCUAUUUUGCAACAUUCAGCUCUACCUCAGGGUGUUUUGGAUAUGAUACAGGUGAUGCCUCAUGAUGCACAUCCAAUGGGUGUGCUAGUCAGUGCAAUGAGCGCCCUUUCCAUCUAUCAUCCUGAUGCUAAUCCAGCUCUUAGAGGGCAAGAUCUUUACAAGUCAAAACAAGUGAGAGACAAACAGAUUGCACGCAUUCUUGGAAAGGCGCCAACCAUUGCAGCUGCAGCUUAUUUGAGGUUGGCUGGCAGGCCUCCAGUUAUACCUUCUAGCAACCUUUCUUAUUCAGAGAACUUCCUGUACAUGCUAGAUUCAUUGGGCAAUAAGUCUUAUAAACCUAAUCCUCGACUGGCUCGAGUACUAGAUGUACUUUUCAUACUGCAUGCAGAACAUGAGAUGAAUUGCUCCACUUCUGCUGCCCGACAUCUGGCAUCCAGUGGCGUCGAUGUAUACACCGCUCUUGCGGGGGCUGUUGGAGCACUGUAUGGUCCUCUUCAUGGUGGAGCAAAUGAGGCUGUGCUUAAGAUGCUGAGUGAGAUUGGAACUGUUGAAAACAUUCCAGGUUUCCUCGAGGGCGUGAAGAACAGGAAGAGAAAGAUGUCAGGGUUUGGACAUCGUGUGUAUAAAAACUAUGAUCCUAGAGCAAAGGUCAUUAGGAAACUGGCAGAGGAAGUGUUUUCCAUUGUUGGCCGGGAUCCACUCAUUGAGGUAGCAGUUGCCUUGGAAAAGGCUGCACUAGCUGAUGAAUAUUUUGUUAAGAGGAAGCUAUAUCCAAAUGUCGAUUUCUACUCCGGGUUAAUAUAUAGGGCGAUGGGAUUUCCGACGGAGUUUUUCCCUGUCCUAUUUGCAAUUCCUCGAAUGGCUGGCUAUUUAGCCCACUGGCGAGAGUCACUGGAUGAUCCUGAUACAAAGAUAAUGAGACCACAACAGGUUUACACUGGGGAAUGGCUGCGGCAUUAUACACCACUCAAAGAACGGACGGUAUCGAGCAAUGCAGAUAAGCUUGGUCAAAUUUCGGUUUCAAAUGCCUCUAGGCGACGACUAGCUGGAUCUCGGGUUUAG